AUGCCCACUCUGGUUUCAUACUGGGCAGUUGUUGCCUCCAUCCCGAUGACAGACUACCCCUUACUAUUGCAUCCCUGCCAGAAAUGCUUCCAGUCUGACAAGCAUCUGGGCAACAAUCAGUCUCCCCAGCAACAGCCUGGUGCGCGCCUGGAAAGCGCCACGCCUCGCAAUUACCUGUCGGACGCCGCGAGUUCCGAGGCCUAUCGAACGCCGUGA